CUGCUGUGCAUCUGAGCUUUUCAGACAUCUAUGUGAAUUCAACAAGAGGGAGUCACUUCUAUUUUAGCAGAAUGCAGUGGAUAGAGGUGGCAUAUGCAGGACUGAUGAUUUGUUCCAGUUUGUGCUCAGUGUGUGGGAACACCGUACUACUGCUCCUGCUGCUGUCUGACAGGAACCUGCAGACUGAGACAUGGACCCUGACGCUCAGUUUCAGCCUGAGUGAUCUGGCACUUGGCCUCUCCACCAUCCCGUUCGGAGCCCAUAACAGCCUGUUCCAGCCACAGGGAUAUGCCAGCUCAAGUGCUCUGUGCCAAGGCAGUGCUUUUCUUUUCCUGCUGCUCCAGUUGGCAUCAGUCCACUCACUUACCUGGGCUACCAUUGACAAGUUCACAGAGAUCUGCUUUCCUCUUAAAUAUCCACGAAUCUUCAAUGCCCGGAGAACCAGAGUGAUCCUCACCAUCAUUUGGAUUUAUUCACUCUUGAACGCCUCUCUGCCAUUGCUGGGCUUUGGAAAUUACAGCUACAGCAGCAGCAGGUUUCUCUGUGCUCCCAGCUUUGAGCCUGCCAACACUGGCUUUAAUAUGUUCUUCAUAGUAGUGGGAAUCAUCCUGCCCAUUCUAGCAAUGUGCUGCAUGUACGGCUACAUUGUGUACAUAGCCAGGAAUCAAGUACGACGAGGGACAUUUGUUUGCAACGAACACCAUUGUUUUUAUGUUCCUGCCAAUAAUUAUUUCAAGAGCUCCAUUGUCAUGGUGACAACCACAGUGUGUCUGCUCAUUUGCUGGCUGCCGUACAUCACCAUCUGCUUCCAUGAGACUCUGACAGGAAGCGAGAGCCCUCAACCCGCCUCUGCUAUAGCCACCUGGCUCAUGCUCUUCACCUCCACGCUCAACCCGUGGACCAGCUCUAUGUCCCAGACGAGGUACAAAGUCGCUCUGCGCAGGAGUGUAAACAGAAUACGCCGGCGUGGACAGAAGAACUCCAUCUCCAGAAGUACAGAAAUGUACAGAGAGAGCAGAGAGAGUCACAACUGUCCCUCCUCAGUGUCCAGUGCACCUCAAGUACUACAAAAAGCACACACUGACCAUGCAAAUGAGCCCAAAGGGAGCUGAGCAUGCUUUUCUUACCUCUGGCUGCUGUAUGAAUGCAAGACCAUACAAACAAUGUGCUGCAGAAAAUAAAUAAAUUAACACCUUUUCAUGGGAAGCACAGAAACUAACUGGGCUUUUGAGAUGUCAAGCACAAACAUGCAGAUUUAAUUGCCUGAGCUAUAAUAUGAACAGUAACUUCUGAAAAUUGUACCAAGAGAAAUGUGCUUCUCCAAAACAAACAUGAAGCUUUUGAUUUGACUAUAUUUAUUAUAAUUUAUUUAAAAUUGUAUUUUAAUUUAAGGUGUUGUGUGUUCAAAUGAAUUGAAAGAGCUUUUGAUUUGACUGUUCAAAAUGACUUUUUUAAUUUGUAUAUAAAAUCUACAGAUAGAUAGAUAGAUAGAUAGAUAGAUAGAUAGAGAGAGAGAGAGAGAGAGAGAGAGAGAGAGAGAGAGAGAGAGAGAGAGAGAGAGAGAGAGAGAGGGGUGGGGGGCUGUAUAUAUAAAAGUAUAAAUAUAUUUUGAGCAAGAAUUAAUGCUAACUGGAAGCUCGAAAGAUAGAAAGAUGUACCACCUGAAUGAAAUGAUGUAAUGACUGUAUGUGGAUUGGCACAUUAUCAUCAAACCUAAACAGUUUUAUACGAUUUUCAAAGAAUUACUAUGGUGCCACACUGUACUGAAAUACAAAAGGAAGACUUUUUUGGUUUUGUGGUCAUAAAAAGUAGACUCUGGGAUGCAUGAUUUU